AUGCCGGUUGCUAGGCUGCUGUGGCAGGUCGCGGGCCAGAUGCUGGGGAGCCCAGCCUGUGGCUGCUGGAUAGCUACCCCGCCACUCCGGUUUCUGGGCACCUCCCCUCGGCAGAUUCCAGCAGACGCCAACUUCCACUCUGCCCUUUUCUCUGAAACAGACCAGCCACGCGUCCUAAUUACAGGGGGUCUUGGCCAGCUUGGAGUGGGACUUGCUAACCUUUUGAGGAAACGAUUUGGGAAGGACAAUGUGAUUUUGUCUGACAUAAGGAAACCCCCUGAUCACAUCUUCCACAGCGGCCCGUUUAUUUAUUCCGACAUUCUGGAUUACAAAAAUCUUCGGGAGAUCGUGGUAAACAACCGCAUCACCUGGUUGUUUCAUUAUAGCGCUUUGCUCAGUGCGGUUGGGGAAGCAAACGUAUCCUUGGCCAGAGCCGUAAAUAUCACCGGAUUACAUAACAUCCUAGAUGUUGCAGCAGAGCACAAUUUGCGAUUGUUUGUGCCUAGCACAAUCGGAGCUUUUGGACCUACUUCUCCCCGGAAUCCAACUCCCGAUCUCUGUGUUCAGAGGCCCAGGACCAUCUACGGGGUGUCCAAGGUCCACGCCGAGCUCAUGGGAGAAUAUUAUCAUCACCGGUACGGGUUAGAUUUCCGGUGCUUGAGAUAUCCUGGAAUCAUUUCAGCAGACUCACAGCCUGGAGGAGGAACAACUGACUAUGCGGUCCAGAUCUUCCACAACGCCCUGAAGAAUGGCAAAUUUGAGUGCAACCUGAAACCCAGCACGAGGCUCCCAAUGAUGUAUAUUGAUGACUGCCUCAGGGCCACCCUGGAAGUCAUGGAGGCCCUGCCAGAGUCCCUCUCCAUGAGGACCUACAACAUCAAUGCCAUGAGCUUCACCCCUGAGGACCUGGCCCAGGAGGUUCUCAAGCAUGUACCAGAAUUCCAGAUCACGUACAACGUGGAUUCUGUUAGACAGGCCAUAGCGGAUAGUUGGCCGAUGAACUUUGAUGACAGCAAUGCUCGGAAGGACUGGGGGUGGAAACACGACUUUGAUCUUCCAGAGUUGGUGACGACGAUGUUGAACUUCCAUGGUUCUGAUACUAGAGUUGCCCAGGCUAACUGAGGGAAUCGGAAGGGAGAGCUCAUGUGUCCUGGACCGCUGUCAAGGGAAAAGCGUAACGACCCUGAGGAACCUCAAUUAUCUGGAAUGGAAGGAUGAAUUGGAUGAAAUUUUGGCAGCUCAUACUGAACUGCCAGGUUGGAGAAUCAUGUUGGCUUUUGCAUUUUCAAAAUGCUGUAGGUUUGGUGGUAGGACUUCUAAACCUUUGCUGUUUGCCUAAACUUGCCCAAACACACAUAUCACAGAAUGAAGACUUCAGUCAGAAAAGUUGCCAUUUCCUUAAUUCAGAUGAAUUAACCAUUUUGGGGAAGGUGGACGUAUGUGAUGUUUGUUGUGAAUUAAAUUUAAUUUAAAUAUCAC